GGGAGCUGAGCAGUCGAAACGACGCACUAAUAUAUUUUAGUCGCAUAUUAUAUGCUGUAUACGGUACUAGGGUUCGAUUCCGGACGCUAAAAAAACAUUGUGCUAAAUUUUUACAAAUAUUUAUGCGUUUUCUUUGCUUGUGCACGUUUUGUGUCCAGAUGAAGACUAAAGUUUAGUGUUUUCUUGUUGUAUUUUAUGUUUAUUGUGUGCAAACUAGAUAAUGGAUAUCGAAAUGAACAACAGUGCGGCUAUCAUUAAUGGUCACUCAAAUGUGUUACGAGAGCCCACAUUAUUUUUGGAUGUGCGUUGUAAAAUAUCAAAAUGUAAUGGAUGGGCCAUAAAGAAACGAGAUCCAGGGGGGGACAGAUACGUGAUCCUGAACGAGGCAUGCGGUGCCAUCAGACCUGGACGCCUGACCUUUAUCUUGGGACCCUCGGGAGCUGGAAAAACCACACUCAUGAACAUACUCGCUGGCAGAAAGAAGACAGGGGUAACAGGCAGCUUAUACGGCGCCAGUCAGAGCUCAGUGCUGGUGAACCAGCACGCCACCCUGCUGGACACGCUCACCGCCAUGGAGACGCUGAGGUUCGCAGCCAGCCUCAAGCAGCCGCUGAUCUCCAGCCGCGAGCGGUUGCACAUUAUAACUGGAAUAGCGAGACAGCUGGGCAUCCAGGAUUCCCUGAACACCAGAGCUGGGAACCUCUCCGGGGGCGAGAGGAAGAGGCUGACGAUAGCCUGCGAACUGCUGGCUGAUCCCACCUGCUUACUUCUUGACGAACCUACCAGUGGUCUAGACUCAGUCUCAUCAAUGUCAGUGGUCAAGGCCCUCCUAACGGUCGCCAGGAGUGGACGUACAGUGGCUUGCGUCAUCCACCAACCUUCCUCUCAGCUGUUCAACACCGCUGACGACAUCAUACUCCUGGCUAACGGGAGGACACUGUACUCUGGAUCCUUGACGGAUGUACCAGAGACCUUGAAGAGAGCCGGCUUCGUUUGCCCCCAGUAUUAUAACAUGGCUGAUUAUAUGUUAGAAAUAGCGAGCGGCGAGCAUGUUGGAAACUUGGCAGUCUUGGAGAACGAAGCCAAAAGUUACGCGUACGAGAUGAGGCGAAUUGCUAAAAGUGAAAUUCACGAGAUAAAUGGGACAGCUCUCCCAGCAGAAGCCGAGGGUCUGCUGAGCAGGAAAGGCAGCUCCUCGCGGGAGUACACCGCGAACGCCUACCAGCAGCUGCGCGCGCUGUUCUGGAGGUGCUGGAUCGGGGCGUUGCGGGACGUGCAUUUGACACAGAUAAGACUGCUGGCGCACGUGGUAGUGGCGCUGCUCAUGGGCGCGCUGUACCACGGCGCGGGCGCAGACGCCGGCCGCAUCACCUCCAACACGGGCUGCCUCUUCUUCUUCUUGCUGUUCCUUUUCUUCUCCAAUGCUAUGCCGCCCAUACACACGUUUCCAGUGGAAGCCUCCGUGGUUCUCCAGCAGCACCUGAACAAGUGGUACUCCUUGUCCACCUACUGCGUGUCUAAAGUUCUCGUCGACCUGCCUAUACAGUUGCUGUGCGCGACGGUGUUUCUUCUGCCGGCGUGGUACUUGACCUCCCAACCGCUGGAGCCCUACAGAAUGGCUCUCGCCUGGCUCAUAUGCGCGUUGCUCACUAUCCUGGCGCAGACAUUCGGUCUGUUAGUCGGGGCUGCUUUCGAAGUUAAGCUCGGCCUGUUCGUGAUCCCAGCCGCCAACAUCCCAAUGCUGAUGUUCUCCGAAUUCUUCAUUCCUUACGAGGAAAUGCCCGUGUACUUACGUCCAUUCUCCACCAUAUCCUACUUCAGAUACUCCUUCUCCGCGUUGCUGGAGACCGUCUACGGAUUCAAUCGAGACAAACUUCCUUGUCAUAAGCCAUUCUGCAUGUUCAAAUUACCAGAGAAAUAUCUCGAAUAUUUAAAUAUUACUAGAAACAUCAACAAUGAUAUAGCUGCUUUGAUUAUUUGGAUUGUUCUGUUACAAAUAUGUCUCAUCUGUGUUUUGGUGUUCAGAGUGCGAAGAACUUGUAGAUAGUUAUAAGUUUUAUAGGUACAAUGUGUUAUUUUUUAGUAUAAAACGGCUGGGUAAAGUUUUUAAAUAACAUUCAAAGACGCUGGCACAAAACGAGAGAAAUGAGAACCAUUUUUAAGAAUGGUUUAGCUGUAAACCUAGCAAGUUAUUAUUCAAAAGAGUUUUGCUCUCAUUGUUACAUAUAGAUAUAUAGUGUAUAAAGAGCCAAGGACGAAAAUGUUUUACAAAAUUGAAAUGAAACUUAUUCAUUUUAGACCGUAUUUACCAUUUUAUAAGCGUUUCGGAUUUAAAAAAGAAGUCUGUUACUUAUAGAUUUUAUUUUUAUUAUAUAUGAGAAAACAAAAUUACACUUAAUUGGGCUUGAGGUUUUUUUUCAGUAGGAUUUCAAAUUUAAAACUACAUGAUAUUAUUUCAUCGACUAAGUACCUUUUCUGAACGAAUUUACUUACACUUCGCAUUUAAAUUAAGUAAGGUAUCCAUUUUACUGCUGUGUCUUUUAUAAUCUUGACAAUUAGAUCUGAGACAUAGGGAAUUAUAUUUAUUAUAGGUGUCUAUGGUGCUAUGUGAAGUUUUGAAAACAUUAUUACUGAUAUUUUUUUUAUUAUUGGUUAAAAUUAAGAUAAUUGCAGGUUUUAAUGUAUCUUGUAAAUAUUUUAUUUAUUUAUUUAGCUGUACAGUUGUACACGUAAAGGCAUUGGGAGAUAAAUGAUAAUGUAUACUCUUAAAUAACAAAAACAUGACAUGUAAUUUAGGUAUAAAAAUAAUUUUAUUGCUUGAUUAAAUUUUUGUUAUAUUUUGUAUAUUUUUGCACAAAAAUAUAUUUUUAUAUUUGAUGGUAUUAUUUAUUAUUUGUUUAAAUUAGGUACCUGUAGGCUAUACAUAAUUUUUGACUCGCUUUUUAAUUGAAAAUUAAACAACCAACGAGUAAAAUAAUGUCAAUUUAUUAGAAUAAAUACAAAUAUACAGGUUAGUACAGUCAACAAAGCUAUUCUGUAAACAAAUAUUUAUUACAACUCAAAAAAAAUGUAAACAACCUUUUAAUAAACGUAUAAAAAUAUGUAUUUUUUGUGAAAAAUAAUCUUAAAUAGUUUAGAAUAACUUUUGUUGACUGUACAAAAUAUGAUGAAUUGGCGUGGUGACAACUCAUUUUUAAAUAAGCGUGCCAUUCAUAUGUAUAAUAAUAAAUGUUUUUACAUUAAGCUUUGUAAAAAAAAGGUAGACUAGAAACUAAUGACUAUUAUUAUAAAAUCAAUAUUCUCGAUGUUCUAUCGUUAUAAAUAAAAACAUAAAUCAACAAAAAUAUGGUAGUAAUUACACUUUUUUUAUAUGUUCGUUUAACGAUCAAUUUUAGUCACAAAAUUAAUUUAUCACAACAAAUAUUACAUCAAUUUGUGUUAAGUAUUUAGCUGUCUAUAUUUAAAAAGAAACACAUAAUUUAUUAUGUAAAAACUAAUAAUACAAUGAUAUAAAUACAUCGACGUCGUUGUAAAUACGAAUCGUAGCAACUGUCAGAGCCGAAAAAAACGCACCUAGCGUGUUUUUGACAACUUUUAAUUACAUGUCAACUUGUACUGAACAUUUUUCGGGAAUAAAUAACAUAUUAAACAUACUUAUGUAGGUCAACGUACUACUUUUAGAAUGACCAUCAUGUAUUGCGUUCAAAUAAAGUUAUCUAAAUUGCUAGGUGGUUGCAAGUCAUUCAAGGCUUGUACUUUUUAAUGAAUUUAUUUAAUGAUAAUUAUAGAAUUAGAUAAGAUUGUUAUAAGUAUUAAAUAAGAGGAUUGGUUAUAUCUAUGCCAUAAGUAGCGAGAAAGAUAAAACAGGUCAAAAGUUAUUUUGUUUUCAAAUAAAAUAUUUUAAUAAAACUUAUUUAUAUAUAUAUGUUUUGUGCAUACGGAAUGGUGGCCAAAAGCAUACAGAACUUAGGAGUAUAAUAUAAUAAAUGAUUCAAAAAUUUAAUAACAAAUAAUACUUGACACAUUAAAAAUAAUUUUAGCCAAAUGUCUUUUUAUUCGAUAAUUCUAAAAUUCUUUACUUUUUGAAAUCAAUAAAAUGAAAUGAGUAUAAAUAUAGCACGCAGUCAGUGCAAUAUAAAUUAAAAA